GACAACUAUUAUGGGGAAGCUGGUAUUAGAUAAUCUCAAAAUUCGGAACAUGAUCCGUCGAGCUCCUCAAGGUUCAUUCUGUGACGCGCUUCUAACGUCAAACAAGCCGCGGCACGGGGAGUUUGACUAUGAAGGUUUGGGCUGGCGUUUGCCGCGCGCUGGACCAAUGAUGAGCGUCAAGGCGGACGGACAACAUGCCGAAAGAAGCCUGGAGAGGCUGUUCGCAUUGAACAUAACCAAAAAAAUGAGGGGCAGCUUCAAUGAUUGUGGGCGAUCCUUUGGCCAUGUGGAGAGCUCGAGACCGAAGAGGUGGCAUUGAGAUGGGAUGAGAAAAAAGGGAUAUAUAAAGAGUGUGCCGUUGUCCAUGGCCAGUUGAGAAGAAGCAAGAAGCAAGCACUCAGCACUCAGACUACAGCUCCAAGCCUCGGCAUCUCAGCACAUCUCCAAAGCAACCAAUUCACAACAAUCUACAUCUACAAUCCACGACUCAGACACAAUGGCUCCCAAGAAGGUCCUCGUUGUUCUCACCUCCCACGACAAGAUUGACGCCAUUGACCGAUCCUCUGGCUGGUACUUGCCCGAGUUCGCCCACCCUUACCAUGUCCUCUCCGGCAAGAACGUCGAGAUCACCGUCGUCUCUCCCAAGGGCGGCGUCGCCCCUCUCGAUCCCGCCUCCAUCGAGCUCACCAAGGAGGACCCCAUCUCCGUCGGCUUCCUCAACAACAACAAGUCCCUGUGGGAGAACACCCUGCCCCUGAAGCAGUUCGCCGGCCGCUCUGGCGACUUCGACGCAAUCUUCUACCCCGGCGGCCACGGCCCCAUGUUCGACCUCGUCGACGACGCCGACUCCAUCGCCCUGAUUGAGGAGUUUUACAACGCCGGCAAGAUUGUCUCCGCCGUCUGCCACGGCACCAUCGCCCUGGUCAACGCCAAGGUCAACGGCGAGCCCCUCCUCAAGGGCAAGGAGGUCACCGGCUUCACAAACGCCGAGGAGGACGCCGUCCAGCUGACCAGCGCCAUGCCCUUCCUCGUCGAGGACCGCGUCAAUGCCGUCGGCGGAAAGUUUGUCCAGACGGCCGUCUUUGGCAACAAGGUUGUUGUAGAUGGUACCCUCAUCACGGGCCAGAACCCGACUUCUGCUUCGGACCUUGGUGAGGCUCUUGCCAAGGCUAUUGGUGCUUAAGUGGGCAUUUUUUGGGGGUCUUUUCUGUCUUUGUCGCCUAGGUAGCUCGAAAUAGAGUAGCAAAUUGUUAAAUAUCCAUGCCACUUCUAAACUUGGCUGGUCUCACCC